GAAAGUUUUAUUCUAUGAAAUCCUUUAAACUACUCCGCAGAAAACUAGUAUCAUACGAGUGGCAUGAGCUCAGUUGGUGGCACGUCUGAAAUGCAUGCCAAACACACCGUCAUCAAACAGCACUCCUCGACAUGGUUUUGCAGAUAUUAAGUAGCUUGUGUUUGAAAACAUUAGUUUUCUGAGCUCUCUCGUCCAUGGCUUCCAGAUUGCCCCUCUUGCUGGGAAUCUUACUGUAUGCAUUUGCAGUCACUGAAUCGGCACCGCAAGUUGAUAUGAUGGUAGCCAUUACAGAGAUGGAACAAGCUGGUUACUUCACGUUUGUGACGUUGCUCCAGAUGUUGCAGGACAAGAUUCCUACCAAUGUUACCUUCUUCAUGCCAAACGAUCGAAUGCUGGCAAGGGUCCCAGUGCCUGAGAAUGCUAUCUCUGAGUUUGUUUUGGGCCAUGUGAUUCCGAUGCCACUGUUCUUCAAUCACCUUGCACAUUUUCCAUCUGGUUCCAUGAUCCCCUCCUACUACGCAGGUCACAUGCUCAAGGUAACCAACUACAAUGGAAUGGUUUAUCUCAACAAUGUUCAGGUUGUCCGCCCAAACAUCUGCACUGCAGGAUUUUCCAUUAGAUGCCAUGGGAUCAACGGAGUGUUGGUGGCGUCUGCGAAAAGCAGCAGGUCCCCCACGCUGCAUCCACCAACAAAGAAAUCCACGCCACCAACACAAACAGAAAGCCCGCCCAUAGCAUCACUGACCCCGCCUCCCCCAAGUCCAUCAUCUAACACACAGGAUGGAGCUAUUUCUCCCGCUAGUCGAAUUCCUGCAGGGCCGAAAUCCGCAGCCCCGACCCUGCCUGCUGGACCAGCACAUGAGUUGGUUGUUUCUAUACUGUGCGCAGUCAUGGUUUUUGUAGUUUGUUAGAGGGCACUAGAUCUGGUUGCCUCUACAGGUCACAGUGCGAUUGUAAAUGAAUCCUGGAUUUCCUAGACACUCGGAAAUGUCCUAUAUGCCUACUUUAAUAGACUGCCAGAGGUCAGAUUGCGUAUCCCCACAGCAAUUGCUUGAUGCUGGAAAAUUUCGUGCAAUUUGUAAAGCAUGCAGGUUCAUAGCUAAAGAAGUGUUUUAGCA